CCGAUUGGCUGAGGCGAGCCGGUGUCGUCACGCCGGGGCCGGCGCCCAGGCCGCCCCGUCAGCCCGCGCCCUCCCCCUCCCGCCCCGCCGCGCGCUCGCGGGCAGUCCCCGCGCGGGCCGGCCCGGUGUCCCCUCAGCCUCGCUCGCCCGUGUCGCGCCGGACCCCGGGGGAUGCCCCCGGCCGGGUCCCUCCAUGGCCGCCGACGUCUUCAUGUACUCCCCUCGCCGGCCCAGCAGCCGGGGCCGCCCGGUGCUGCUCAAGCCCCCGGUGCCUGAGGACGACGACGACUCCGACACGGAUGAGCCGUCCCCACCGCCCGCCUCCGGCGCGUCCACCCCGGCCCGGGCCCACGCGAGUGCCGCGCCGCCUCCGUCCCGGGCCGGACCGGGCCGCGAAGAGCCUCCGCGCCGCCAGCAGAUCAUUCACAGCGGCCACUUCAUGGUGUCGUCGCCGCACCGCGAGCACCCGCCCAAGAAGGGCUACGAUUUCGACACGGUCAACAAGCAGACCUGCCAGACCUACAGCUUCGGCAAGACCAGCUCCUGCCACCUGUCCAUCGACGCCUCGCUCACCAAACUCUUCGAGUGCAUGACCCUGGCCUACAGUGGGAAGUUGGUGUCUCCAAAGUGGAAGAAUUUUAAGGGCCUGAAGCUCCAGUGGAGAGACAAGAUCCGUCUCAACAAUGCCAUCUGGCGGGCCUGGUACAUGCAGUACCUGGAGAAGCGCCAAAAUCCUGUGUGCCACUUUGUCACCCCACUGGACGGCUCCGUUGAAGUAGAUGAGCAUCGCCGGCCAGAGGCCAUCACCACGGAAGGGAAGUACUGGAAAAGCCGCAUUGAGAUCGUGAUCCGGGAGUAUCAUAAGUGGAGAACCUACUUCAAGAAAAGGUUACAGCAGCACAAGGAUGAGGACCUCUCCAGCCUGGCUCAGGAUGAUGACAUGCUUUAUUGGCACAAACACGGGGAUGGAUGGAAGACCCCAGUCCCCAUGGAGGAGGACCCACUGCUGGACACAGACAUGCUCAUGUCAGAAUUCAGUGACACUCUCUUCUCCACGCUCUCCUCACACCAGCCGGUGGCCUGGCCCAACCCACGGGAAAUAGCACAUCUGGGAAAUGCGGACAUGAUUCAGCCGGGGCUGAUUCCUUUGCAGCCCAACCUGGACUUCAUGGACACUUUUGAACCUUUCCAGGACCUCUUCUCUUCCAGCCGCUCCAUUUUUGGGUCCAUGCUGCCUGCACCUGUCUCAGUACCUGCACCAGAUUCCAACAGCCCACCUGCUCAGGAGAACACCCUGCCAGCCACUGCCCUCCCCACCGUGAGCCUUCCUGACAGCCUCAUUGCGUCCCCUGCAGCCGCUGCCCUGGACCCCACAGACAGGCCGGACUGUGAACACGCCGCCCGGCCCGGGGACCCCUUUAUCCAGCCCGCAGACUUCGGUCCCUCAGCACCGCCCCUGAGUGUCCCACAGCCGUUCCUGCCCGUCUUCACCAUGCCCAUGCUCUCGCCCAGUCCCACCCCGGCGCCAGCUUCCCCGGCUGUGCCAUUAGUCUCCCCUCCUGCCACUACCCUGAACCCCCCGACUCCACCCACCUUCCUGCAGCCACAGAAGUUUGCUGGAGUCAGCAAGCCGCCCGUUGUCAUCACCCACACAGCCUCUGCCACCCUCACGCACGAUGCCUCUGCCACCACCUUCAGCCAGAGCCAGGGCCUUGUCAUCACCACCCGCCAUCCCACCCCCUCAGCCUCCCCCUCCCCCUGUGGACUGACACUGUCUCCAGUUACCCGGCCACCAGCUGUGGGGCCUCCCCAACCCCGUUUAACUUUUAUGCACCCUAAACCUGUAUCCUUGACUGGAGGGAGGCCCAAGCAGCCCCACAAGAUAGUGCCUGCUCCUAAACCAGAGCCUGUGUCCUUGGUACUGAAGAAUGCUUGCAUCGCCCCAGCUGCCGCAUUUUCAGGACAAGCACAAGCAGUGAUUAUGACGGGCCCUCUGAAGACAGAAGGGAUGUUGGCCUCUACCGUGUCCCAGUCCAACGUGGUCCUGACGCCUGCUGCCAUCGCCAGGGCUCCUGGAGUUGCGGAGUUCCACAGUGGCAUCCUGGUGACAGACCUCGGCCACGCCACGAGCAGUCAGCCCACGCCCGUCUCCCGGCUCUUCUCUCCAAGCACAGUGCCGGAGUCCCUGGUGAAGGGCGAGCAGGCCCCGGUGCCCGGGGGCAGUCCCCAGGUCUCUGCAGGUGCCAGUCGAGACGGCCCAAACUCAGGGCAGGCCUCUCCAUGUGCGUCAGAACAGAGCCCCAGUCCUCAGUCUCCUCAGAACAACUGCUCAGGGAAAUACUCUGCAGACCCCAAAAAUGUGGCUGCUUUAAAGAACCGGCAGAUGAAGCACAUUUCAGCCGAGCAGAAGAGGCGCUUCAACAUCAAGAUGGGUUUUGAUACCCUGAACAGUUUGAUCUCCAACAACUCCAAGCUGACCAGCCACGCCAUCACGCUGCAGAAGACGGUGGAGCACAUCACCAAGCUGCAGCAGGAACGCAGCCAAGUGCAGGAGGAGGCGCGGAGGCUGCGGGACGAGAUCGAGGAGCUGAAUGCCACCAUCAUCUCCUGCCAGCAGCUGCUCCCUGCCACAGGAGUCCCCGUCACCCGGCGCCAGUUUGAUCACAUGACCGACAUGUUUGACGAAUAUGUGAAGAGCCGGACCCUGCAGAAUUGGAAGUUCUGGAUUUUCAGUGUCAUCAUCAAGCCGCUGUUUGAGUCCUUCAAGGGGAUGGUGUCCACCAGCAGCCUGGAAGAACUGCACCGGACGGUGCUGUCCUGGCUGGACCAGCACUGCUCCCUGCCCAUCCUCAGGCCAACGGUGCUGAACACCCUGCGGCAUCUGAGCACCAGCACCUCCAUCCUCACAGACCCAUCCCGGCUGCCAGAGCAGGCUGCAGAGGCCGUCACCAGGAUUGGCAAGAGAUCGGGGGAGUCUUAGCAGCAUCAGUGGGCAUGUGGCCGCACGAGAUGCCCUGGGGAUCCUUCGCUGCCCGUGGACAAGUGGCCGCGCCCCACGCCUCUCCUGACUCAGAGCCCCAGGGCCUCGCUCCGACUCCGCAGGCCCACUGGGCCGCUGGGGCACCGCACUCAGGUCUGAAGCAGGGUCAGUCCUGCCAACAGCAGUAGCCCGUCUGGGGACCCCUUGCUGUAAACUCUCACUCAGCGACCUCAGUCACAACCUCCCCUGCCCUUGGGGCAGCCCAGUCUUGGUCUGCUGGUGGCCUGGGGACCCCUGGCACCAGCAUGGGGAGUAGGCGGGGCACCAGGAGGCGACACUGCUCCUGGAGUUAGAAAACCGAAGGGUCCCUUCCUGGUUCCUGUCUGUCGCAUCCUGGGCAGUUGUGCUGCUCCGGCCCGCCCGCGGGGAGUUGGGAGGCAUCUUUCUUCCUCCCCAGACUCUGACCUUGUAGAUGGACUUGGACAAGUGCUCAGGCUUACGCAUGGUCAGAACCCACGUGUGCAAAAGCAGAGGCCGUGAAUGCACACGGGGCGAGAAGGAAAGCACAAACAAUGCAAAGCUGCCGCUCUGGCUGGAAAACCCUCCGGGGCGGUGUCCUCAUCUGUUAGAUUUAGGUCCCCUUGGUGUGACUUGAAAAUUAUGAUGGGGACUCGGCCCAGGGCCUCACCGGGCAUCAGCUCACAGCGUGGCACUUCCACCCUUGCUCUCCACCUGCUUCCAAGCUCAGCCUCGGAGGAGCCAGCAGUGUCUAAGGGACAUGCACAGCCCUGAGGGCGCAGCAUUUGAAAGGCCAGACUCCACGGUGCUGCCGUUGUUCACCCGGGAGCCCCAAACCAUCAUAGUUCUCGGACCAAAGACGUCUGCACACCCACAGGCUGUCCUGUCCUGUGUUUGGAGGAAGGAAAUGAAUGUUGACAGGCAGCCUCUGCUGUGUCUCAGCGUUGCUCAGAUCAGACAGUGGAGCAUGACCCUCGGGGCCGGUGAAGGUGGAGGACAUCUGGGGGGCAGCAGGCUGUUUCCGAGUGUGGGAAUCGUAGUGGGGAGGGUCGGGGGAAGGCAUGGCCCGAGGGGAUCCAGGCCCCAUCCUCGGCGUAUCUUCAGGAGUAGCUGCAGGUGGAAAGACAAACCAACACUCAGGAAGCCCGGCCAGGGGUACCUCCUUGAAAGAAUGUGCUUUUAUCAUCCUGCUGUGAAGUUCAGAGGGCCAGCUGGCUGUCCCCUAUCUUCCCUGCCAGAGAUGGAGACGGGACAAGCAGUGCUGGGCAGGCCAAGAGUCUUGGGUGAACUUUGAGGGGGCUCACGAGCCAUGUGAGGGGGGAACCACCGCUACCUCCUGAAGUUCCGAUCCGUUCGGAGGCCAGCCCUGCUUCAGCCGUGGGUGAUGGAGGGUGGAUGGGGGUUCUCUCCCAGUGCCGGCCGUGCCACCAUCUCUGCCGCAGGUCACUGACCAGUCGCCUGCAGCCUGGUCCAUGCUUUGACCCCAUAUGAGAGCUGUGUCGCGGCCCCCCUCAGCCUCCCCAGAGAAUGUGUUUACAGGCCUCCCGGAUCCCUGUCCUGAGAGGUGAGCACAAGACGAGGCUGGGCUGGCUCUUAAUUUCCACUGGGAUGUGGUAAGGGACUCCACCUUUGCCCCCAGGGUGAACAUGAAGUCCCCUUCAAAAGGGGACUACCACCGUGGUCAGCCCCACUAGAGUCAAAGGGAAAAAGGAAAACGUGAAACGUUCCCAGCUGUGAGAGCUUGUGGAGGGUCGUGGGCGCCGGCCCCGGCCCCAGAUCCUGUGCCUUUAUAAACCGCGUAUGUAGGUGGCUUGGCCCAGCCUAAACCUCUCCUAAAUCAAUAGCUUUCCCCCCACCCACCCCUUGCUGGGAGUCCUUUUUUAAAAACUCCAGGGGAUAUAAAAUUGGCCUCUUUGGCCUACCUCUCCUUCCCUCUCUCCCUUUUGCUAAAUUAAUGUUCAUGAUUCUGUUUUGUUCGAUAUUUAAGGCUGUUAGGUUGUGUGUGACUUUGAAGGGUGCGUGUGUGUCUGUCUGUGUGUCCCAGCUGACUGGUAACUAGAUGCAUGUUUUUGUUUGAGACAUUUACUUAAAUCCAUUUCUCUUGGUGCUUGCCAUUACCAUGCCUGGAGGGCCACAGAGCUGUUGUCCCUCUUACUGCAAAGUAAUUGUUUCUUGUCCUGACGUUUUCUUGCGGAAUCUUGCCUGACGAACCUGCCAGACACAAGGGCUUAGCCUCGAACUCCACCCUGGAGUCCCCAGCCGGGGCCUGGGAUACCGAGGCCACUCUGCCAGCGGCCUCCAGCGGACGCUGACCGUGGCGCUGUGAUUUGUUUACACUCAUUGUCACCCCUGCUCCUGUUCCUACACCCAUAAAAGAAGCUAAAAUGCUGACGCUUUGGGGGAUAAGAAAAACCAACCCGAAAAGAGAAAAAGAUGCUCUGGCGCAAACCCUGCAAGCGUUUCUGUGAAAUCUCUCUGUGCCAUCAGCUGCCUUCACGCUGCUGCUUGCUGUUUCACAAUGAGUGGGGACAGAGCCGGUGCCACCGCGGGGCUUUCUGGAAAUUGAAAGACCUGUCCCUCUCGUCUCCGGUGGGUUACACACCAACUGUCACCCCCUCAGAAGGUGGCAGAUCCACAGCCUUGGGAGCAGUCCCCAUGGCAGAAGUUAGUACUGGGUGUUGUCGAGGAGGAGGCAGUGGCGCUGGGCAGUGGCAACCCCAGCUCGGCCGUGUGGGAGGGGUGGUCAGCGGUUGCCCGUGUGUCGUCGGGUACCCAGCUUUCUCUACUUCCUGUUCUUGUGACCUGACCCCUCUUCUCCUUUCUAGAGAUCAGGCCUGAAGGUUUUUCUGCUGUGGCUGAUAGAAAUAUAAACUUAGGUUCUUAGGGGACACAGGACCCCAGGGUGGUGCCGAACCCCUUUGUCCCGCCCCAGGUGAAGGGGUGCGGUGGUGAGUGACGUUGCCUGAUCCUGGCAGACCCACCACCUGGAGGGGUCACACACUCCCGCCUCCACAUGCAGUCCUGGCUGGCUUCCCACCUAGCAGGCUCGUUGUUGUCUCCAGAUGACAAGUUUUCACUCGUUAGAGUGGGGCUGGACUGUCCUUUGGGCCUGUCAGCCGUGGCCAGCAGACUCUCAGGACCAGGCCCCGCGCUGUUUGACCCUGCCUCAGUUUGGUUCUUUUAUGUCACUGGCUGCAGAUAGGCUUGGAACCGUGCCUCAUCACCCCUCAGCAGUCCCUUCCCCUCCAGUGGUCACCUGGUUCCUCGGUGGCCUGUCCACUGCCUGAGGCCCCCUCAGGGUGUAAGUUGGGGCGCUUUCUGCCAUUCCCUAGAGACACCCUGCUUCCUAUUAGCGCUUUGCCAGAGGUGAAACCCGCCCACCGCCUGCAAGGACUUAACUUUGCAAAGCGUGUCCUUGGCUGAGGCCUGGCAGGGAAGGGAGUGGGGAGAGUCCUAUGGUGGCACGUGGAGCCCCUGCAAUGCCCGGGCAGCGGCAGGCCCUGCUUUGGCCCAGCACCCUGAUGCCUCCUCGUGUAGUAAAGAGGAUUUUCCCCACACCUGCACACGGGUUAGGGGACAAGAGAGCGAGGCUGGAGGGCACAGAGCUUGGAAGCUCAACACAUGUUUGUGCCGAUCAGUGGCUGCCUUGGCCUUGGUCUGCCCAGCAGGCCUGUGGUCGGAGGGGCUCGGGGAACAGGGAGAGAAGCCUUACGACCCCCCCGCCCCCGCCUCACCCCCGUCCUCCACACUGGUCAGCUGCCCGGCUUUCUUUCCCUCCUGAGGACGUGGCUUUCCUGCCUCCGCCCCGGGGGCUUGCGAAAAUCAGCUUGAGAAAGAAAAGGGAAUUUUUCAUGUUGAAUGUUGACCUUGCUCUGUGUGCAUGUACCCGUGUGCUUGCCCAAGCCUGUGUGUGUGAGCCUGUGUGUGUGUGUUUACUUAAUGGAAUUUUCUCUCUUGUGAAAUUCCUUUCCAAUUAUGUAGCAAAAUUCACCUCCGUCUCCCAGUCGAGCUUUUGGUUUCACAGUCAACCCUGGGCAUCGCUGAUGUGAAGGAUUCUCUGCUGGGUUUCUGAACAGAGACGUGCUGCUCUCAAGAGUUGGGGUUGUGGAGGGUUGGGAGAAACUGAAGUUUAUACAUUUCCGUAGCGUUUACAUCCUGCAGUUAAAAGGUAUGAAGGGCUCGGCCCUGGGAGCCAUGACUCCCAGGCCGCGUUCUCGCAAGGGAGCUGGAACGCGCCUUUCCCGCACAGCGCCUGCUGCUUCCGUAUCUGAAUUUUUCCACGCAGCCUGUGAAAAGAAACCGUAUUAUUUGCUUAUGUGGUAACAGCACGGCCGAAACACCACAUUCUCUUCCAGGUCUCGGUCUGUUAUGUAAAUGACCCGUUUUUCUCUGCAGUGAGCUUUGGUGAUUGUCAGGUCCCCUUAGGAGACAGGGACCCCUUAGUAUCUGAAAAACAAUCCAGGAAGAGCCUUGUCCAUCGGAGGCUCCCUCAGGCCUGCGUCGCCCAGAACACGGCCUUUUCUGCUCCGCUGUCGAGAAGCACACCUCCACCAGCUGUAUUCAACACUACAAUGCUGUUUGAAAACUAUAUUUGCAUCCAAGACAAUAAAAAUCCGUAUUUUUUGGAAAAGCCUGUGUGGUGUGUGGUGGUCAGUGCUACCCUGUUAGGCUGUGGAGGAGAUGACAGGAGAUGAGGACAAAGCUUGCUCCUUCUAACCUGGGGGUGUGG